AUGGCGACGAUGAACGCCAGAGCGCUGUGCCUCGCCGUCGUCGCGAUCGUCUUCUCCGUGCUCCCACGGCAGGCCCUCGCCGCCGGCGAGGGCUCCAAGGAGGCGGACAAGAUCACCGCGCUGCCUGGCCAGCCGAAGGAUGCGGUCGUGCAGCAGUAUUCCGGCUACGUCAACCUCGACGACAAGGCCGGGAAGUCGCUCUUCUACUACUUCGUGGAGGCCACCGCUGAUCCGGCGACGAAACCACUUCUUCUCUGGCUCAAUGGAGGGCCUGGAUGCUCUUCCUUCGGAAUCGGAGCAUUCCAAGAGAUCGGCCCGUUCCGUGUGGACACGGACGGCAAGACCCUCUGCAAUUUCAAAUACGCCUGGAACACAGUGGCGAACGUGCUGUACCUGGAGAGCCCCGUGGGCGUGGGCUUCUCGUACGCCGCCAACACGGACGUGUACAAGGUGAUGGGCGACAACAUGACCGCGGACGACUCGCUGCAGUUCCUCCUCAAGUGGCUGGACCGCUUCCCGGAGUACAAGGGCCGCGACUUGUUCAUCGUCGGCGAGAGCUACGCCGGGCACUACGUCCCCGAGCUCGCCGCCGCCAUCCUCGCCGCCAAGAACGCCGCCAUCAACCUCAAGGGGAUCGCGGUGGGGAACGCGAUCCUGGAGUUCGCGGCGGAGCAAGCCGCGCUGUACGAGUACCUGUGGCAGCACGCGUUCCUGUCGGACUCGGCGCACACGCUCAUCGGCCAGCGCUGCAAGAACGCCGAGGACAACUCGCCGCUCUGCUCGGGGGCCAAGGACACGGCCUACAACCAGCUCGGCAACGUCGACGUCUACAACAUCUAUGCCAACACCUGCCAUGACAAGAAUAAAGUCAAGCCCACAGGAUCCAAUUGCAUGGACUUGGCUGAUCCUUGUGCUCAAUACUACGUGGAGGCGUACCUGAACCAGCCAGAGGUGCUGAAGGUCAUCCGUGCCAACACAGGGCUCAAGUACAAAUGGACUAGAUGCAGGCAAACGUUCUACAACCUGCUCAAAUUCGGCGACUCGCCGACGAAAUCGAUGCUGCCGUACAUCAAGGCCGUCGCCGCCGCCGGCGUCCGCGUGUGGGUCUUCAGUGGCGACCUGGACGCGAUGGUUCCUGUGAUCGCGACGAAGCAGUCCAUGGAGAAGCUCGGCCUCGGCGUCGUGGCGGACUGGCGCCCCUGGUCCAUCGACAGCAAGGACCCGGAGGUCGCCGGGUACGUGAUCGAGUACAAGGGCGUGGUGUUCGCGACGGUGCGCGGGUCCGGGCACAUGGUGCCCAUCGACCGCCCGGACCGCGGCCUCGCGCUCUUCUCGUCCUUCAUCAAGGGGGAGCCGCUCCCCAAGGCCGCGCCGAUGGUCGACGGGUGA